AUGGGGAUAAAGAUGCCGCGGCAGUGCGGCCGCGAAAGCUUCGCGGCGGCGGCGUCGCUGGCUCUGCUUCUCCUCCUCGCCGCGCCGCCGCGGGGAUGCGUCGCGCAGAGCGGCGGAGUGCUCACGAGGGGGAGCUUCCCCGACGGGUUCGUCUUCGGCACAGCAUCCUCCGCGUACCAGUAUGAGGGGGCGGUGAAGGCGGACGGGAGAGGGCAGACCAUCUGGGACACCUUCGCGCACACCUUCGGAAAGAUCAGCGACUUCAGCAAUGCCGACAUCACAGUAGAUCAAUACCAUCGUUUCGAGGAGGACAUACAGCUCAUGGCGGACAUGGGAAUGGACGCAUAUCGGUUCUCCAUCGCGUGGGCAAGAAUCCUCCCAAAUGGUGUUGGUCAGGUUAAUCAGGCUGGCAUCGACCAUUACAACAAACUGAUCAAUGCCCUUCUUGCUAAAGGAAUUCAACCAUAUGUGACCCUGUUCCACUGGGACCUCCCCCAGGCCCUAGAGGACAAGUACAACGGGUGGCUGGACAGGCAGAUAGUCAACGACUUCGUGGCUUACGCCGAGACAUGCUUCGCGGCGUUCGGCGACAGGGUGAAGCAUUGGAUCACGGUGAACGAGCCGCACAAUGUGGCCGUCAAUGGCUACGAUGUCGGGAUCCAGGCUCCUGGUCGCUGCUCCCUGCUGCUCCACCUCUACUGCAAAUCCGGCAACUCCGGCACCGAGCCCUACAUCGUCGCCCACAACUUCAUCCUGGCCCACGCCGCCGUCUCCCAAUUGUACAGGAGGAAGUACAAGGCGGCGCAGAAUGGGCAGCUCGGGAUGGCGUUCGACGUGGUGUGGUAUGAGCCGAUGUCAGAUGCCGCUGUUGAUGUGGAGGCGGCCAAGAGGGCGCAGGAGUUCCAGUUGGGGUGGUUCGCGGACCCCUUCUUCUUCGGCGACUACCCGACCACCAUGAGGAAGCGAGUAGGGGAGAGGCUGCCGAGGUUCACAACGGAGGAGUCCGCGCUCGUUAAGGGGACACUCGACUUCGUGGGUAUCAACCACUACACCACCUAUUACACCAAGCAGAACGACACGAACAUCAUCGCCCUGCUUCUCAACAACACCUUGGCAGACACCGGGAGCAUCAGCCUACCCUUCAAGAACGGCAAACCGAUUGGGGAUAGGGCGAAUUCGAUAUGGCUGUACAUCGUGCCCAGAGGGAUGAGGAGCGUGAUGGAGUAUGUCAAGGACAGGUACAACCGCCCGCCGGUGUACAUCACCGAAAACGGAAUGGAUGACAGCAACAGCCCCUUCAUUUUACGCAAGGACGCCCUCCAGGACACCAAGAGGAUCAAGUACCACAACGACUACCUCGCCAAUCUGGCCGCUUCCAUCAAGGAGGACGGGUGCGACGUGCGUGGGUACUUCGCGUGGUCUCUGCUGGACAACUGGGAGUGGGCGGCCGGGUACACGUCCAGGUUCGGGCUCUACUUCGUGGACUACAACGAUAAGCUCAAGAGAUACCCCAAGAGCUCGGUGCAGUGGUUCAAGAGCCUCCUCGGCUCAAGUUGA